CUUGAACUUUUACGGUGGAGGCAAAGAAAGAUGUUAACAAGGUUUAUGGAGAGUUUUGUUUUUAUAAUUUUAUCAUAUCAUGCGAUAUUACCAGUGAAUUGUAAGUCUGAGACUGAGUCGAUUUUUAAAGACUUUUCGGCCCACGGUGGAACUGUUGUUAAAGACGGGUCAAAGAUCAUCUACUGUCCUGCUGGUCCUCCAGGUCCCCCUGGACCACCAGGUGUACCAGGAAUUCCUGGACGCGAUGGGAAGGAUGGGGCGACUUUGAUCGAAGUGGAUAAGCAUGGACGUUUCUGUUCAAAACCUCCGCCAUGCCCACCACAUCCGCCCUGUCCCCAACCGACACCUUGCCCCCCAGUUUUUCCCAGUCCAACUCCACCACCUAUUCCACUGGGCUCCCAUCAAAAUCCAAGCUGGUCGUGUCAGGAGAUAUAUGCUGUGAACCAGCGCACGAACAGCGGUCCGCAGUGGCUGAAGACUACUCAUCGUGAGCCUUAUCAAGCACACUGUGAAAUGAUACAAGACCAUGGGGCUAAUCGUGGUGGCUGGACCUUGGUUGCCCGAGUGGAUGGCCAUACUAACGAUUUCGCCGGAAUUAGUCCAACCUGGACGAACUCAGACUUGAUAAACGAAGAGGAAGGAACUGAUCUGACAAAGACAAGCUCCAUGAAGAAUUAUGGCUGGGGACACAUCAUAAGCAACCAGUUGAUGGCGUGUUUCAGCGGUCCUCGACAACACUGCGCCACGUUCACACACAACAAACAGUUGACACUUGCCAACCUUUUCAAGACGCAGUUUGCUGUGGAAACCUCUGAACAUUAUACGUUUAAAACUUUGAUGGGGAGGUUCGGUAAAGAACUGGAUAUAUCUGAACUGAAAACGGAAUGGUGUGGUCUAAACUUGGGCGACCUGUGCAGUUUGGCCCACCCACCAAGCAAGUACCAUGGUACCCACGUGUGUAGAAUUGGUUGCAUCGGCGACUCAAGCGAUGGUACCUGUCAUCCGCAGGAUUACGCUUUGGGUAUCGGCGUGGCUGUGUGUCAUCGUAGUCAUAAAGACAAGAGAUGUGCUUUGAAAGAUGCCUCAAAGAAGAGCUUGUAUUAUAGGACGCUUUUGCACAAACGACAUGGAAGUUAUUCUCAGACUGCUUUUAUUUACAUCAAAUAACUGCGAUUACACUUUCAGAAUCAUU